GACGUCAUUUUUUGAAGACAACGACUAAUCACAAAUUUUUAUAGUAGAUUCUGUAUUAUCAAAUUCAAUGUAGAAUUUCAAUCCUGUAGGCCUCCCGUUUUGCUCCGUUUACGUCCUGCAUAUCUGCGGCUAGGUGACCCCCAUGUUUCCGGAGUGCUACGACUGCAGUUUCCGUCGAUGUGGUUGGCCACCAGGCGAUGGUAACAUGUGUACAAUUGUUACAAGAUACCAUGGCCUGCUGCUUCCAGUUCUGUGUGUGAGGGUCUGAUCGAAGGAGCACGGAAUUUCGUUACAGCGGCUGGCGUCUUGUAAUCGUACAGUUUGACCCUGAUGCAAGUUACGAAGGGUUUGUCAUGUGUGAAAAUGUCGUACCGCCGAUAACAGUGUAUGUGAAUUGUGUAAUCCCAUAUACGCCUAUGUUUAAACUUAUGCGAUGAAGUGUUGAUUUGAAAUAAAUGAAUGUGACACUGUUUCAGAUACAAAGUUUACAAAACACCGAAUGGGACGGAAGGUGAUAAUGAAUGACUAGUGCAUAGGAAUUCGGAUGUCGGAGGUUGAUGCAUGUUUCGAUAUAUAGGCCUACUAUCCCAGCGUUCCCCUUGAGAGAAUGGUGAAAAUCACAUUUACCUGACUGGAUAUUUUAGGAAUAAUAGUGUGGAGCAUUACCUCUAAGCUAGCCUGCUGGGUUAUGUUCGAGAAAAUAUGACUCAUUGGGAUAUCAGUUUUACCGCAUAAAGCAGUUAGGCGUGUAAAGCUGCCUCGGCUUCGGAAAGCUUCUUAUCUUCAGAAUACAUUUUUACAACGUGUUGUAUGUAGUGCCUUGGAAGGAAUAUGUGAUUGGAAGUGAGAAAUGGUCCAAUAAAUACAGCCUAAGAAGAUUUUUCCGACUCCAAGUGACCGAGUGUAAAAGAGAAUGUGUUUAAAUGUAUAACAUGCAUUUCAGGAUCUGCUGAAUGCAAGUAUCGGUUUAUGAAAUAGACGAAACAUUUCUGAAACAUUGCCACUUCUGCAAUAACUGGAUUUAAAUUCAGUGUUAUAAAAUGUUUAUGUCCAAUUAGGCAUGUCCUCGAUAAUGCCAGGGUUAUAAUUGCAGUCUGCAUGAAUUCAAAGUAUGCCAUAAAAUCCUGGUAAAGUAUACAGCGAAAAUCUGCGGUGUGUAAUGCUCAUGAAGAUAUCGGUGAUUACUUGGGGAUGAGAACUCCAGUAGCUGCCACCAGGCGGCAGCAGCAAUCUCGCCGUAUUAUGACGGCCAUCACGAAAUGCUGGAGCAUUGUUUGGGCGGAACUGUUGGACGCGUUAAGACGUCGAAGGGGUCGAGGAGACUGCACGAGUGAGGAUGACGAGGACCUUGGGCUGCCCCACAGCCCGUGUAACUCACCGACAACUGCAGAUGUGCUGCUGGAACAGGGACUUAAGGAAAAUCCCACAAAGUCGCGUAGUACAUGCAGUGAUGGAUCUUUACUAAGUAUGGGAAGUUCUGAAAUGGAUGAGGAUUCUUUGGGUCAACACUCAGGCCAUUCUUCAAAACAGUCCUUGCAUGACAAGAAAACAUUUCAUGACAGCGAUCUGGAAUUUGAUUUAGGAGUUUCAGCAAUUCCAUUAAGUCACAGUGCAGCAAGGCAUAAGAUGGCUGUAAGACCAAAACGAACCCACGGUGCACCGCGCAGGCGACGGAUCCAGCAACUGGCAGGUGGCAGCCCAUUACCAUCAACACCAGAACUGAAUGAAGAAGCCUCAGGACGCAGCGCAAGUCCAGACGUCAGAACCUCGUUCCAAGACUUUACUGGCACUGAUGAGCUUAGCACUACCAUUGCUGCCAGUAACACAGAUCAAGACACUGCUUGGCCUUCCGCACACUCUGUCGUUAAUCCGCUGCCUGCCGAGACUCAACUGAAAUCUGCAUCUCUUCCCCCUGGAUUAGCGUUAACUCCCGAGGUGCCAAAUGCUGAAAGGCCCAUUACAUCUAUAGUUUCAAAAGUGAAACGUUCCAACUCCAACAUAGCCCACCGGCCAGGUACCAAUGUGCAGCAGUUUCAGCGUUCCGUCUCGGAACAUGAAAAUGGUUACUCGGCAAGAGUGAGCAGUAUGGCAGAGUGUCAGUAUCAUACUAAGUUUAUGGCAGAAACUGAUGUCAUGUCAAAGACUCUGGUGAAGAGUGGAGUAAAUUCUGAGAUGCAGAAAAGAAUUUGCGGAGUGGUUGGAGAGGAGGAGGCGGAGGAGGAGGAGACAAGGGAAGACGAUAUUAAUGAUGAUAUGUUGAACAAGGAGAGGGAGAGAGAUGGUAAGAAGAAGGAUGAUUCUUCAUUCUUCAGCAGAUUUAUCAGAAGGAGUGGCAAAAAGAAGAAAGAUAGCCCACAGGAUGUUGAUUCCAUAUCCAACAGCAGCGUGUAUUCUAGCAAACAAGUUUCUGAGGUACCCCCUGUUGUACCCAAGCGCAUUGAUAUGAAAGGACGAUAUGCAAAUGAAACUGUAAAUGAUUAUGCCGUAAAUAUACCACCAUCACAAAUGAAGCUACCCACUGGGAAAGUGGGAGGAACUCGAAGUACACCGGCUUCAAGACAGAGAGUGAUGCCCAUCAACAUUCCAGCUAGUCCAGAAGGCCAGCGUAAGGUAGAAACUAACAGGGAGUUGGAGGAAAUGACUGUUGGCCUGCCUCUGUCUUCUAGUUUAUCUCCUGUAGGAACAGAACUAGAAACAACUAGCAAAAAUGCUCAGGAAUCUAUAUCGGUAAACCGCGUGCAAGUGUCGUACUCUUCUUCUCCACCAAAACCCACUUGGCCAGAGCCAUCUAAGGCUUUCUACAGUAGCAAGCCACCGAACUCACCUUUCAAUGCCGUUAACAAAAUCAAUUCUUGCUCAGAAAUCCCCCCUCCAUGGAGAGAUUCUUUAGAGCCAAGAUUGGCCGAUAAAACAUGGGUCCAUGACCAAGAACACAGCGUAACAGAAUUGCGACACUUCAGGUCCAAAUUAAAGAUUGCUGGAUUGUCGUCUUAUCAACAGCGAUUGAUUGCCAAUGAGUUUGGUUAUGAUGAGCGUGAAUAUACUUCGAUGAUAGACACUGUGAGCAGCGAGGAUUCAGAAGAGAGUAAAAAGCAUGCAGUGAAGAAGUCGAAGAGCUUCAGAAUGGAGCCAGAUGUGUCUGUGUUGUCACAUAAUUUACCUGCUUCAAGUACUGAGACUGAAACUGACAGUUUGAACAAAUCUCCAGUAGACUGUUAUGUCAAGGGAGAGAUACUAUGGAAAUAUGAGGUUGAACAAACAAAGGCUAUCAAUAGUCAUAAGAGAAUAGACAAUAGAAUAAACAAUGAUGCUUCAUUGCAGUCAUUGAAUGCAAGUUCUACAGCUGAAGACCUCAGUGUGUUUAAUGGAAGCAAAGAAGAAGCUGAUAAAACUGACCUUUCAUCAGAAUAUACUGGAAGACAUUUUACUAAAUAUACAUUGAUUACCACAAGGGGCAUAGCAAAUGAGACAUCAGGUAUUACAGAAAGCAGUCCUGUGGCCGGAAUACGUCGCUCCAGGCAACUGGAUCACAUAAUGAAGAAAUCGGCAUCUUUGGACAGCAUUGGUAGUUUAAAUGAGUCAAAGAAGUCACAUUCACCAGAACCCCAAUUGUAUAAUAAAAAGUCAACUUCUAGUGAGAGUAUUUGUAGUCUUACACAACACGUUUUAAUCCCCGUUAGUUCUGAUGGUCUUGGCAUUAUUGAGGACUCAAAGACAGCUGAAGAGAGAAGGCCACUGCCCAAUACUGAAAGCAGCACUGUACCAGCAAGCCAGCUGAUAGACAGUUAUAGAGUAAGUCCAUCGGAUGUGCCAAAGCCAAUUAUGUUCUCAGUGUCUUCCAAACCCUCACUGCCAGAAUCAUCCAAGGCUGUAGUAGACACCUCUUCAAAAUCCUCAGAACCUUCUUCCCGAUUAUCUGCAGGAAUUCCUAACCAUUCUGUUGAAAAGGCUUUUAAUAAAAUGCCCAUUGAAAGAGAACAGUCGCAAAUCUUGGCACCACAUCGUGCUCAGGUUUCAAGGUCUCGAGCUGUAGCGCCUUCUUCAUCAACUGAACAAGUUCCAGAGUUUCUUAAGGUUCAGCUGAACCGAGUUGAUAGCAAACCUGUAAGUAAUGUGGUCCUGUCUACGUCUGUGGUUUUUGAUAAUGUGGAACGAAGUUACAGUCCGCUAAAGUUCGCUGAUGAGAGACAAACAAGACUGAAGAGGAAAGAGAGUCUGGUAAAGUUGACCGAGAAUACAAACACUGAAGGGGCAGAGGCUGCACUGAAUGAAGUCCUGAUCACAGAUACACCAGCCAUUCAAACACAGAUUUCUUGUUAUAGUGAUAAAAAAUCAAGUAGGGAAGAUCUAAUUACAGGAGGGAGCGCAGUGUAUGAUAGUAACAUGGCCACACAAUCGCCUGCACAGAAAGUAGUGGAAUCUUGUUCUUCAGGGGCAGCGGUACAAGAAACUUGCCAGAAAACUGUGAUUGCAGACAGUGAUUCUUCAAGUAGAGUUCUGGAUAAUGAUUCAACCUCACCAAAACAGAGGAGCAGGUCAUUGUCUUCCACCAAUUCAAUGAAUAUGACCGGCCAGAAGUAUUCAGUUGUUUCCGUAUCCUCCAGUGUAUCAUCUUCGUCACCAGUGGCAACUUCAAAACCAGUUCUAAAGAAACAAGCAACAAGUCUUGAUUCAGCAGAAAAGCACAGAGGCUUCAUGAAAAAGCAAAAGAGUGAAGAUUUUGAAGAUGUCUUUGUUUUUGAAAAAUCAGUGGCACCAAAUGUGAAAGAGGUGUCCAGCAGUACCUCCCACUUGGAAACAGUCUCUUCACAAAAGAAACCUGUGACUAAGGAAUAUGGAUCUCGAAAGGAAGAGGAAAGCGUAGCAACAGAAAGGAUACUGGAAAGUGGCUCUGUUGAAGUAGUGCUUCGUAACAAGAAAAUAAUAUCUAUACAAGACUUUGGGCUUAAAAAAGAAGAAGACACAAAUCUGGUAGAAAGAUGUGUGUCAGGUGUGGAUGCAGUAAACAACCAGGAAGGUAAAAAGUUUGGAUUGUGGAGAGAUGAGGAGCGACAGGCAGAGAAGCAAACGUCUGGAGGAGAUAUUGUUGGUUCACACGAAAACAAUUUGGGUACAUCUGAAGUGGUUCUGCGCAAGAAAUCUUUGCCUCGAAGUGAUACUGGAAGGGGAGCAGGUGGCAAGGAUGAAGAACCAGAGCUAUUGAAGGUUUUUGCACGUCGUUCUUUGAAACUGAAGGAUAGUGAAAUUGAAGCUUUGGGACAGCAAGUUGCUACUAAGACCCGUACUGAAUAUGCAACAGAGCAACAAGGAACAAAGUCGAGGGAUAGUGACAAAGAGAAUGAAGGUGGUGAUUCACCACGCGAAGAGAGGAAGAAGCAAGUGAUUAAGGAACCACUUGCUGAAUCGAAAAUUCAUAUUGAAUCCAGUGAGACAGCGCCUUUGUUGAAAGCUUCUUCCGCCGGUAUAAGUCUUUCUAACACCUCUUGGAAUGGAAAUAUUGUGACUGGAACAAACAAAUACCAACGGUCUCUCAGCAGUGGAGUCACAAUGAGUAAUGAACACACGACGCAAAACAAUGAUUCUGGUCUCACAUAUCGCAAGGAGAAUCCUGGGACCAGCCCUGACAAGCGACAGAGGAACAGAACAGUUCCAGAAAUCCCAAAGACAGAACUGAACUUGGAAAAGAUGCCGCGAGCAUGGGCAAAGGACAUAGAUAUAACUAAUUCUGAGACAAAGAGAUCAAACAUGGACAAAAUAAAUUCACAAGUUGAAAGCAAGACUGUUUCUGGCAACAGUGAUGAGAGUGGUAUGCCAAGAUUUAAAAGGAUUCAGCAGAGGAAGGAGGAGUGGGAACUACGAGCCCAGCAGGCACUGAAGAAAACACUACCAUAAAUAAUGUAGGUUCUCAGUCUUCAAGAAGGAAACGAAAUCUGUUACUUCAGUGUUGGAGGUAGUAGCAUCAUACCGUGAGGACCAAUGACUCAUGGAAAUUAUCAUCACAUAAGUUUACAUCAUUUCUGUGUCACAUUCUACCAAAACCUGAGUUGUUUUUUUAUAAGUGAAGUAAUUGCAAGGAGCAGAUUCAGAUGCAGUCUCAUGACUGAAGAAGCAUUUAAAUCAAACAUUUAACUGCCAACACGUGUGACAGUUGUUCCGCAUUUCUCUUGAAUCAACUUUGGAUUGUGUAAUUCUCCAAAUAUUUUCAUAUCUGAAGAGUAAACCAGUACUUAGCAACUGAUAGUGUUGGGAGGGAACAUUGACCACAGCCAGGUCUUUCUGGACAGUUUUUUAUGAAUUAAAUGGCAUAAUGUGAUUUGUUUAUCACAGAAGAUUUGUAACAGGAAAUACAAGAAAAGUGUUACUUGAUUAUGUAACAUUUGCUGCUGGUGGUUAAAUUGCUUUUCUGAAUGGUAAUUUUAAUCUUUCAUAAAUGCAGCAUUACAACUAAAAUGAAGGAAUUUGUUUAAGAAUGUUUUGUGUUUAAAUGUAUACAUUUUGUCUACAUUAGUUGACUGUUAUAUUUUCCUUAUCAUUGUGAUUUUUUUUUACAUUUUUUGAAUAUGUGUGUUACAGUAUGCUAUUUGUGUUACAAAUUGAUUGUAAUAUUUUGACUAAUGACAAGAAUGUUAUUUAUGUUGUUGCAAACAAGUACAUAGUAAAUAUAUUUUUAUCAUAAUAGCCGAUUGUCGCAUACUAAAUCCUGUGAUUACAAAUAAGGCGUAAAGUUUUAAAAUUGUAUUUGGAGCUAGCUGUGAAUGUGUGUUUAAGAGCAAUGAAGAGCAAGAGUGAAGUAUAUGCAUAACCCUUUGAUGAUUAUAAUUGUUACCAUUGCCAUGAUGAUGGCAUGGAGUGUGAAAGUGCUCUUGUUUUUUCCGAUUUAACUUUGUUACGAACUGUAUGCUUCUGACAUCUACUGGGAUUGAUUGCACUAAAUACUCAGUUUGUAAUUAUUUCUCUUCAUCUUCUGACCAAAAGAUUUUGUUUGAGGAGAAAGAUAUGACUGUGUCAAUGCUUUAAGACCAAUUAAACAUAAUCCUCAAAGGGUUAAAGAAUAUAGAGUUCACUGUUUUUAAAUUAAAUUCUAUCAUAUUUAUAAAAAUAUUCAUUACACAUGAGAAAGUUUAUUGCAUAAUCUGUGUGUUUGUAACAUGUACUUUAAGUAUUUUCAAUUUGGUUUAUAUUUAACAAUACAUAAGAACAAAUUCAUGUGUGUCCUUAUAUAUAAAAAAGUAUCCUGAUGGAUGAGGCUUAACUAACAUUAAAUUUUAAAAUUUUUAUUGUAUGCCUUCUGUAUUAAACACCAUUGAAGUUAUUUAGAGAGUAAAUUAUUCAGUCUGAUGGAUAGACAGGUAGACAGAUGGAUAUGAUACUUCCAUAACUCAUUCUUUUACUACAGUUAUUGAUGACUGAAACUCAAAGCCAAAGGGCAUCGGUUUCUUCCUCAAUCUGUAGUUGACUUAACAGGACUUUAUUAUGUUAACUUCUUGACAUGAAAAAAUAAAAAUUGUUCCUCAUUAUCUUGCAAGAAAUUUUAGUGCUAACUAUGGAAACUGUAGGGAACUUGCCCUUCAUCUAUAUCAUAGGAGGACUAAGAAUCUUGAGUUAGGUAAUGUAUCUUGUAAAUAUAUCCAGUUUUGAUGAAAUGCUGGUAUUACAAACACUGAGGAAUUCGUAGUGGUUCUCUCUCACAUUUAACCAGAAAAAUACUCAAGUAGUACCUACAAGUAGGUGAUGCACAUUUACUUCCAUAUCUGUCUCUUUUAACCAUUUAUGAUUGUCUUCCCAUUUAAUGUAACAUCUCCAUUUGAAACAGUAUCAUUAAAUAGCAUAUGAUGACAUUAAAUGUGUUUAGUGGGACUACUGUAUUGCGUUGUUUGUUUUCAUUUCAGAACGCUUGAGAAUACAAAUGUGAGAUGAAAGUCAUCCAUGGAUGGUUUUGGUUACUUUUGGGGUGGAAAAUGCUUAUUGAAAAUUGUGAAUGCUACAUUAUCUAAUUCUUGGCCUAAACAUUAGAAAAUACUUCUUCAUACAUUCUUCCCCUCUGCACUUGAAAAAAUUAUAUUUCCUUUUUGUAGCCUGAUUACCUCCAUCAAGGACUUGACUAACUGCAUGAUGACUAGAUAGAUGGUAUCACAUGUUGGCUCUAGUUUCAGUUAUUUAUCUUAAAAAGAAGUUAUGUAAAAUAGUGCAAUAAAAUACUGUUUAAAUAAAGUUUUAGGCAAAAGUUA